AAUGUAUCGGGAUUAUAAGACAUUUGCUGAUAAUGUUAUGUUUUUUCUCGAACCUGAAAAUCUACCGAAAAGUUUCCUUUCAGAGAGUAUGAGAAUACUGCAGGCAUUUAGAGAUUGUCAACAGUUUGAUAAUAGGAUACAAUCAAAAUGUGUGAAGCUAUUUAACCUUUAUUAUAACGAUGACAAUUUUUUUACUGGCGCAAAUAUUCAAGAGUUCUUUUCGGAUUGUGAUACAAUAACAAACAGAGAUAUAGGUGAAUAUAACUUUCACAUUCUCUAUCAAUUAUACUAUGGAGGAAAUUUGGAGUGUCUUGAAAAAAUCAAGUAUCCUAAGCUGCUUAGCGUAUUGACGAAAGACAAUGAAAGAAUUAUGCCUGAGGAUCCUAAUUACCGUGAAUCUUAUAUUAAUAUUAAAAAAGACCUAAAAACACUAUCAUUCUCCGACAAUAAUAUAAAAUAUAUGGAAAAUUGUUUGGCAGCGGUUCUUCUUCUUGGUGAACUUCGAAUUUCAAAUAAAAAUUCAAACUUGCAAGUUAUUGGGCCUGUUGAGGACGCUGCUAAAUUACUUGAUAUGUCAAGUGAGUCCUUCAUUGAAUUUAUUUCGUAUGAAAUAUUUGAUAGGGAAGAGAAAGUCUUAAGAUCGAGCUAUAAUGCUACAAGCUUUUGUUUAAAGUUGGCAAGGACCCUAUACAAACAACUAUCCAAAUGGGUAGUAAACAAGAUCAAUGAUCAUUUAAAGCAACACUUAAGUUCUGUGAAUCAUUCUUUGGAUAACUAUAGAAAAGUUUCUAUCAUGGAUUCACCUCCUCUUUUUCAAGAUUGCCAUUCGACGUCCCUUUGGAAAUUUUUAUCGAAUGCCAGAGUAGAAAAUAUGAACUACAUAUAUAAUAAACAUGUUUUCAAGGAUCCACAAGAUAGCUUUAAAGCAAAAUUUCCUUGGACAGAUAUUGUAUCGCAUUAUGAAAAUGAUACCUUUGAUCUUUUAUUCAAUAAAAAUAAUGGACUAUUAAAAAGACUUCGGGACAUUUCCAAUCCAGAAUCUAGCAGCUCAUCCGAUUUUAAAACUGAAUUGAGAAACGUUAAAAAUAAACAGAUAAUAUUACGAAAUAACACGCAAUUCGGAAUUAAACAUUUCUUAAAUGAUGAAGCAAGUUACGAUUGUAAAAACUUUAUUGAACUAAAUAAGGACUACGUUCUUCCUAACGAGGUAUUUUCCGAUUUUAUUGGACUAUGUAACACAUCUGAAAUAGGUAGAAUGUGUGAAGUAUUCAAAAAAUCAAAUACAAGCUUUCAAAAGUCAAAGGUUUUGUUAUCUGCAUCUGAUCUAAGAACUCAAAAAUUGGAGGAUGCUUUAAAAGAAAUCUUACCGGAAUUCGAAGCGAGUGAAGUGUAUUAUCUAUGCUGCGUUAAUCAUGCAUCUACGAAUGAAGAGAAAAGUCUAGAGGAAAAAUUAAAAAGUUUUUCUAUUGAACAAUUAACAAUGCUAAAGAAAAAAGGUUUUAGAACCGUCUUUUACGACACUGAAUUACCUAUGACAUUCAACUUUCUACCGCGAGACAAAGAGAUAGAAGGUAUACGAAAGUGUUUGGAGGAACAUAAAGAUUCUUAUAAAGAAGUGGGAACAGCAAUUUACCUUAAAACUAUGGCUUUAAGGAUAUUGAGAACUCAUAGGAACAGAAUUAAAAAUGAAACAUUAAGAGGAACUACCGGAAUACCUAAUCUACAUGAAGAGAUAGAGGAGAAUGAAGAAAUUUCUGAUAAUUAUUCGUACGUUUCAUUUUCAUCCAUUAAUGAAGCUAAGCUAGUCUAA